UCCUGAGAAUGGCGCUGCUCUAAAGACAUUCGGAUGGUCCUAUGAUGUGAAGAUCUGUGGUCUGUAUUUUUUCUUUCUUUUUACAAACAAGCACGUUUUUUUUUGUGAAAGAAAGCAACACAUCCCACAUUUAGGCUGCACAAAAGGGGACUCUGAUGUUUCCUUUUUGUGGAUUUUAGGAAAGUGAGCGCUUUUUCCGGGGGAGUCAAACCGAGUUAUUUUUUUUCCUCGAUAAAGAGGAAAGGCUACACUCUGCGGGACGCAUGAUGUGAAAUAAGUAAUGCAGCCAAAGAGGUCUCCCCCAAUAAAUGCUUAGCCCUUUAACCCAGAACGCGAUCGCCGCCGGUGAGAGGCUCAUGUUGCCUCCCAGGUGUUUUUACGCGCAGCCUCUGCACGCUAGUGGAGAAGAGAAAGCAUAACGGGGCCACAGACGGAGGAUGGUGGCGGAGAUGGCCAGCUGCGGUGCGGCUUGCCACCUCGAGGAUGGAGACGGCGAUAUCCCCGCACCUGAGAACAAAGAUAAUCUGGCAGAAAAUGACAGCAGCGGUUCAGAAAACACAGGAACAUCCACCGACGAGAGCUCAGAGGACGAAGACAACAAUUCAGAGGAGGAUGAGGCUUAUGGAGGCACUGAGAGGGAUGGAGAAGAGGAAGAGAAUGAAGAAGCCCAUGCAGAAGACUCUAUAAACAAGGCAGGUGCUGGACCUGAAGCAGGGGUGUUAAAUGGGAAAGAUGAGAGGCCCUUCAAGUCAUGCUGUGAAAAAUGCAAAGCCGUCCAACAGAGCCAUGGCAGUGAGCUCGUUACCCCGAAGAGACUGUCCAAGGGGCGGUUGCAGGUGCAGCUAGAAGAAGAGGGCACAUAUGAGUGUUCAGUCACUGGUCUGGUUUUUGAAGCGUCCGAGCGCGUUCUUGUGCGGUACUCUGUCUUAUCCUGGUCCAAGUUUGGCGCCUUUCUACAUGACUCCUGGAAGUUUGCUGGACCCAUCUUCAAUGUGGACACAGUCAAUAAGGACGCGUCUGUCCUCAAGUCCAUCCAGUUCCCACACUCCAUCUGCCUUGCUCAUACUGACAAUGACAUGACAUUCAGUGUCCUGCACAUAAAGGGCAACCGUCCAGUCAUUGAGCCUACAGUGGAUCACUCAGGGAGCCACGUUAAGUGGAAUGUGACGUCCCUAUCGCCCGUUGGUCCCAUCAUUCAGACGAGCCAAGCUGUAGAGCACCAUGGGGUGGUUCUGGUCUACAAGCAGCUCACCCCUGACAACAACAGCUACAGCUUCCACGUUUAUCUGGGCACAAACAGUGCAUCUGACAUCAAGGAUAUAAAGAAUCAGGUGCGGGGCUACAAGACUCGCUACAUUGAAAUAGUAAAGCCUCCCACGUGCAAGCUGGACGAGGGAACGUAUCGUCUCCUGAGCGAGCCGGAGGGAGACAUCAAACCUCAGGAACUGAAAUUCACCCUUGCAGUCACUAAGAUGAAGGGCUACUUUGAGGCUUUCUUUGAGCAGCACCCUCCAUUUAAAUUGUCUCUCAUAGAGAUUAACACUGAGGAGACUGUAUGGUCUGCUACCAUCAGAGAAGGUGACUGUGUGGAUAACACUGAGAAGAAGCCGAGGAAAAGGACAAACAGCAGACAGAGAAGCAGCAGCCCCUCAGAAGACGAACUAGCCUUUAAAAGAACUCGAAUGCAAGACGAGCCAGAUGGAGUGAAAACAGCGGCCACUCAGGGCCAGGACAUGUCAGAGAAGCAGCUGCUACAGGUGGCCAAGCGGCUCGGGAAGGAGUGGAAACAGGUGGCUAUCUUUCUAGAUGUUACCUCCAAGGAGCUGGAUAAUAUCCAGACAGCAGAGACAGAUGUGACCAUGCAGAAGUUGAAGAUGCUGUUGAUGUGGAAGAACAGGAAUUCCGGAGAAGCCACGGCUAGGAAUCUUUUGGAAAGUGUGAAGGAGCUGGAUGACUUGCCAAAUGAGGUUCAUCAGACAUUACAAGAUAUGAUGGUUAACGAAGCGGUAAAGUGAAAGGGAAAAUGAAAGUGAAUUCCAUCACUCUUGGAUAUCAUCGGCGGGAAGAAACGAUCUCAGGACGGGAUCUCAGGAACGCAACAGAGCAGAGUUAACGUCUCCCUUCAGUUUGCAUUUCUCUUUGAAUAUUUUCUAGAUAUGAAACUGAUUUGUUUAUAGUUCUGCAUUUCAUAAAAAGGAAUCAUUUUGUUUCCCUUCUUUAGUUCAGCUGUAGGUUUCUUGGGUUCUGUGGUGAGUACAGAACCGACUGUGCUGUAUCUAAGGAUACAGAAAUAAAUUAGCUUACCUUUAUUUUUAAGCAGGUAAAAAAAAUGACCAGUAGAGGCGUAGAGGUCAUUGAGAUGUUUAGUAGCUAAUUAUGUAGCCAGUAACAGAUGUAAAUGUUUGGUGCUGCAGUGUUGAAACUGCAAAGACAUCUGGAAAAAUCCAUCCAUUUGUGUGUGUUCUUUCACUUUUGAAUGUUGGGCUUGUGGGAAUUUUUAUAAAACAAUUAGGCAUUAUGUCACGUGGACGUGAAAAUGACUGUCCACAGAAUUACAGACUGAACUAUGAAACUAGUUUGUGUUUUUAGAAACUUGUCCGCACUAUUUCCUGUAAAUAGAUUCCAUUUCAUUGUCACUCAUGUUUUUUUAAAGCCAGUUAUGUCUGUUUUUUGUCUACAUGUCCUUUAUUUGAUGCGAUAACCGUGACUCUGUAAAACAGCUGUGCACGAGGACCAGAAAAUGAUGCUGAUUUUGUUUAACUGGGAAUUACGUCCUGCCCUCCGGAGGCUUGAAUGCAUUUCUUUUCUUUCUUUUUUUUGUUUUUUUUCCCCUAAAUGUGUAAUCUUUAUGAAAAACAAAAAUGCAGCAUGUUGGGAUUCAGGGAUAAAUUUAGGUGUUUUACCUGUGUGAGUGCAGCUAAAACUAAGCAAAGUAUAUUUGAAUUCAGUUUUUUGAGGAUUAUUUCACGGAUCUAGACCUCAGGUAUGAUUAAGUACAAUAAAAUCAGCAGGAACAGCUGUGGAAAUCUUUCAGGUACCAAUUGCAAAUGUUUUUGUAAACAUUAUUUGAGAAAACCACAAUGUUUCAUUAAGAGAAAAGGGUUGUUUCCUUAAAAGAAAAAUACCACUAACAGUCCAAUUUAUCCCUGUUACAAAUGUUUGUUGUUGUUGUUGUUGUUGUUGUUUUUUCCUUUUUCUUUUUAAAUCAUGUCAGAAUCUCUCCAAAGACUUUUCAUAAAACAAGUGAAAUCA